CGCGCCUGCGAAUGGACGAUGAUGCAGGAUGGCGGCGAACCCCAGUACCAGUGCACCGGUUUUCGAGUGUCCUUCUUGGGCAGGAAAACCUCCUCCUGGGCUGCAUUUGGAUGUCGUAAAGGGAGACAAGUUGAUUGAGAAGUUGAUCAUCGAUGAGAAGAAGUACUACCUGUUUGGGCGGAACCCAGAUCUGUGUGACUUCACCAUCGACCAUCAGUCGUGCUCCCGCGUUCAUGCCGUGCUCGUGUACCACCGGCACCUCAAGCGGGUCUUCCUCAUCGACCUCAACAGCAGUGAGUGUGCGUGCGUGCGUGCAUGCAUGCGUGCGUGCGUUUGUGCGUUUGUGCUGACGUGUCGCCUCUUCCCCACAGCUCAUGGUACCUUCUUGGGCCGCAUUCGCCUGGAGCCCCACAAGCCCCAGCAGGUGCCUAUUGACUCCACCAUGUCAUUUGGGGCAUCCACAAGGGUCUACACCCUGCGCGAGAAGCCCCAGGCCCCGCCCAGCAACACCGCUGGGGACAGCAAAGGUGGAGAGGAUGAGGAGCUCAGGGGGCUCCUGGGUCUCCCGGAGGAGGAGACCGAACUGGAGAAUCUUACAGAGUUCAACACGGCCCACAACAAGCGCAUCUCCACCUUGACCAUUGAGGAGGGCAACCUGGACAUCCAGAGGCCCAAGCGGAAGAGGCGGAGCUCCAGGGUCACAUUCAGCGAGGAGGAGGAGAUUAUCAACCCGGAGGACGUGGAUCCGUCUGUUGGGCGUUUCAGAAACAUGGUCCAGACGGCAGUGAUUCCCUUGAAGCGGAAGAAGGCCGAGGGACAGGGACGCCUGGGCCUGGAGGAUGCGGUGGCUCGGCGGAUGCAGAACUUACCCCACAGCGGGGGCCUGUAUGGGGACCUGCCUCCUAUCAGCCACGAGGGGAGUGCCCACUCCACCGGGGCCCAGACUGGGACCACCAUCAUUGGGGGCCUGCCGCUGCCCUUUCCUAACCCUGCUCCGGAUGUGGACCUGACCCACAACGCAGCCCAGCCCCCUCCCACCCUCAACCCUGCUCCUGCACCCGGGCCUUAUGUCCCCGAGCCCCUCAACGAGCCGCGCAAGAAGAAGUAUGCCAAGGAGGCAUGGCCUGGGAAGAAGCCCACCCCGUCUCUGCUCAUAUAAUCCCUCCCCCGGCGCCAGGGACGGAGCUGGACAUCUGGUUGGAGGGCAGACUUGUGGGCGGGUGGGUGUCUGAGUCUGGGGUGAGAAUCAGUACAGUGGUCCUCUGGGAGCAAAGGUGCAUUGUGGACAAGAGGUUUUGUUUGUCUUUCUCUUUGUAUGUUUGUUUGUUUGUUUGUUUGUUUGUUCAUUUGUUGACAUUAAACUCCAAGAUCACAUCCUUCUCCAUGGCAACCAGACUGCCCAGAGCUACCAGUGUUGAGCGCAUCCAUAGGACAGACGGGUCGUCUUUGUGAGCAUGCUCAGUGGCUCACCUGUUGGGACUCCUCUUAUGGGAGCAAUUUUUGCGUAGAGCAAUUCCAGCUGUGGCCUAGCUGUGGGGUUCUCAGAGCUGCUCUUAAUUUCCUUCUUUUUCACGGCAAACCCACAGAGCCCCUGUCUCUCACAGCUGGCCGCUGAGCUGUGGCCGUGUGCCCUAAGACUGAUUUGGAUAAAGGCGAGCAGGAUGCGGUCCGCGUGGCGGUGCCCGUCACAGCGCGUCCAGCUCUCGGCUCCGUGACGGCGGCUGCGGUUCUGUCCAGUGCCAUCCUGCAGAGACCAGUCCCGACAGGCCCUUGCGUCGCUGCGGAGAGGGGUCUGUUUUUAUAUUUUUAUAUUAUGAAACGAACGCAGGUGGAAUUUGAGCCGAGACUCACGGCGAUGGGUCCUGUAGCCUGUGUGUGUGUCUUUGGAUACUUCUGUAAUAAACAGAU